CUGAAAGGCCCUUCCAGUUCCAAACACGUAAUUAAUUUUUCUUUUCCUUUUUUUCUUCUCUUUUAUAGUGCUGGACACAAUUGCUUCAUUCCAUAUCGAUGCGCUUCUUGGCCUUCCACUUCUUGCUUCUGCUAGGGGGGAUAAGGCGGGUAAGCGGCCUGGCUCUAAUAUGGGGCCGACAACACCACAGCAACGCAACGUCGAGCUUCGACAAGCGCCAGCAAACGGUGCUGGUCACCAAGUUAUCGACCAUCUACUAUUCGGGCGAUAGCAGCAAGCCGCGGACGGCCGAACCCGGCUUUGACAUCCGGAUCGACCUCCUCCACGGCUUGUUUGGCUUCUGCCCUACCACUGUCAUCGCCGCAACAGACUGUGGCUUAGGUGGAGCCUGUAUCGACAGCUUCGCAUGUUCAAAGGGAUGCGGGCUCACAGGCGAUCCAGUAACCACCUGGACCUGGUAAGCCCCAUUGCGACGUCGCCGUGUCCCCUUCCCGCGCCAGACUGCCGCUCUCUCAAGCCGGUUAUUGAUUGACUCGAUCUAACGCCGCCCGGCCCCGUUUCAGCUCGAAUGCCAAAGAACCCUUCUGCUCCUACGCCCUC